GAGAAGUGAGGUGACAGGUUGCAGCAUGAAUCUCUGUCGCUGGCGAAAGGAAGCUUCCGCAGAGGGAAUCAUAAAAAUAGAGUGUUUGUGUUGAGAUUGCAUAGUGUUAGAGACAAUGGGGAUUGCAGAGAACACAAAGGGUUUGGUUCUUGCGGUGGCUUCGGGUGCCUUCAUAGGAGCAAGCUUCAUCCUCAAAAAGAAAGGUCUGAAGCAAGCUGCUACUCACGGCACUCGCGCUGGUGUUGGCGGCCAUUCUUAUCUGCUACAGCCACUCUGGUGGGCUGGCAUGGUUACAAUGUUUAUUGGAGAGGUUGCCAAUUUUGUCGCUUAUAUAUACGCUCCUGCGCUUCUCGUUACUCCCCUCGGUGCACUUAGUAUUAUUGUCAGUGCUGUUUUGGCGCACUUCUUGCUCAAGGAGAAGCUUCAGAAGAUGGGGAUUUUGGGAUGUGUGUUCUGCAUUGUGGGCUCAGUUCUCAUUGUCAUCCAUGCACCUCAAGAGCAUACUUUGACUUCUGUGCAAGAAAUUUGGGAUCUCGCCACUCAACCAUUAUUUCUAGUUUAUGUGGCAGCAACAGUUUCGGUAGUUUUAGCCUUGAUUUUGCAUUUUGAACCUCGCUAUGGACAGAAAAAUAUGCUUGUCUACUUGGGAAUUUGUUCAUUAAUGGGCUCACUUACGGUAAUGAGCACAAAAGCCAUAGGGAUUGCAAUCAAGCUCACAUUAGAGGGAAUAAGUCAAAUAACUUAUCCUCAAACUUGGUUUUUUCUUACCGUGGCUGUCAUAUGUAUCGUUGCACAGUUGAAUUACCUGAACAAGGCGCUGGAUACAUUCAACACAGCAAUUGUCUCUCCCGUGUAUUAUGUCAUGUUCACAACUUUGACUAUUAUUGCGAGUGUGAUAAUGUUUAAGGAUUGGUCUGGUCAGAGUGCGAGCAGCAUAGCCUCUGAGAUAUGUGGAUUUGUCAUUGUUCUUUCGGGAACAAUCUUAUUGCAUGUGACAAGAGAACACGAAAAAUCUAACAUGCAAGGGUCCUUGACAUGGUAUAUUGGUGAGGACUUAAUGAAGGGCAUUGAGGAUGAACACCUGAACCUUAUGCAUAGUUCAUAUUAUGUUGAAAAGUGACUUUUCCCGAGGUUGAUGUAAGAGAACAUGUUCUCCUAGCAUCUAGCAAUGACGUAACCUGAUUUGGUGCAUUUACAGGGCAAGGAUUAGAAUCAUUAGAUUCGUGCAACCUGUGAUGCUAUAGUUUUCUGACUAUUUCACCUGCUGACUGUUGCAUACAACUACCAAUAGGAAUCAAGAAUCAUCUUAUACAAUGUUCUAUUCUCUAAUUGCGAUUCAAGCAAUCUUUUUCAAACUGAAAUGGGGAUUGCUACCACAUUGCAACACUGGAUAUCAUUAGAGUGAUUUCAUGGUAUGUUUUAACAUCCAUGAUAGAACGUUAGCUCGUAUUUGUUAUUCAGUAACUAGAUUCUAUUGAUUAUUUUAUUGAUAAGGUGUUAAUAUGUUGAUUCCUGUUAAAGAUAUUUAAAUUUAUUGUUAUCAUGAUAUUUUGUAGCAAUUAUGGAUGAGUUAGUUGGUG